AUGACUGCCAACGCCUUGGAGGAGGAAUUCUAUCGAAACAUUUCACAGUAUAUUGGUGGUAGCGGUGCGCGAAGAGCAGUUGAGAGACUAUGUGGGGUUGAAUCACGCUUUAAUAAUGUCAUGCGAACAGGGUGCCUACCAGAGGAGGGCUUUUCUGAGAUCGAAAUUGAGGCAAUUAUUAGCAAACUGGCUUUAAUGGAUUCGAAUAACUGGUAUCGCUCGACCGGCGUUGGCGAGCGUGAGGGUCGCGUCCUGCUCAACCUCGUCAAACGACGUCAUUUCAGCUUGGCACAUGGAAUCGGGCGUUCUGGAGACAUCACUGCCAUUCAGCCGAAAGCUUCGGGAUCCAGCCUCAUCAAUCGACUUUCAAAUUCACUUCUAUUGGAUUGGCUUCGUCGGUCCGGUGCACCUAGUACAGAGGCUUGCCUCCUGGUUCCUAUGGCAACUGGAAUGACCUUGACGCUGUGCCUCCUUACUCUGAAACGUCGGCGCGGACCUCAAGCAAAGUAUGUCAUUUGGCCACGGAUUGACCAGAAGUCCUGUUUGAAGUGCAUCGUCGCUGCAGGUCUUAUACCUAUUCCAAUUGAGCCAAUCCAAACAGUUGGACGACAAAAGCGAGUAAAGAAGAAUAAGGGAGUGGACUUUACGAAGGGAGUUGAGGAGAACGGUGCCUCAGUGUAUGCAGAUCAGCUGUCCACCAACCUGGAAGCCAUAGAAUUAGCGAUGUUUGAUCCUGAAGGUGCUCUCAGAGCUGGAGAGGGAGCAUCGGUACUGCCGCUGAAAGCCAAGGUUUCAAGUCUUGGGCCGGAGUCUAUCGUUUGUGUUCUUUCUACCACUACUUGCUUCGCUCCGCGAGUUCCUGAUCGGUUGCCAGCGAUAACUCGCCUCUGUAAAGCGCAAGGAAUACCACACCUGGUAAACAACGCCUACGGUGUGCAGUCGAAGCGUUGUAUGCGUCUCAUCGAAUCCGCCUGGGCCGAAGUUCAUCAUCCGGUAGCCGGUAAGCGGGCGGAUGGAGAAAAGAGGAACGUUGUUGACGGGAACACGAACGAUUCAAAACCUCUCGACCUUCUCUACGUGCAGUCGACAGACAAGAACCUCAUGGUGCCUGUAGGUGGCGCAAUCAUUGCUGGAUUUUCAAAGAGCUUGCUACAGGAGAUUGCUGAAUCCUAUCCCGGUCGUGCCUCCGGUUCGCCGACCCUGGACGUGUUUGCUACCUUGUUACACCUUGGCCGUUCGGGAUGGGAGAGCCUGUUGGCACAGCGAGAGGCAUGCUAUCUUCGACUCACCGAGGGUUUGCGCACUCUUGCGGCUAAGCAUGGUUUGCGUCUCAUGGAUACUCCUGAGAAUCCUAUCUCUCUUGCACUCUCUCUCCAUGCCCUUCAUAGCGGAUCAAAUGCAGUGAACCUCAACCCUGACACUCUUACGCAAAUUGGUGCCAAUUUGUUCACCCAGGGAUGCUCUGGUGUCCGGGUGGUUGUGCCGGCUGCGAUGGAGCGCAAAAGUGGUCUACCAGCGAAGGUAGUGGCGGGUGUGCGGCUAGAGGGUUUCAACUCUCAUAGCGCUGCUUCCGCCGAGGCUUACAUGAACGCUGCUGCGGCUCUGGGUCAGACGACGGUGGAAGUGGACAUCUUCCUUUCUCGUUUGGACAAGGCUCUCUCCUUCUUCCGACGGCGACAGCAACAAAGGUCACUGGAUCAGGAUUCGAAUAAAUAG